GCAUUUAAUAACACAAGAUUAUUUCAAUAUUUGAUUAUACAUUUGAUAAAUUGUGCAUUGAAAUUCAAUGUACCAUAGAAAUUCUGCACUUGACGUCAAAGGAUUACAAGUAAUGCCAGUAGAAAAGGGAACAAAUCGACAUUCAAAUCAUAAAGCUACUAUUGAUUCAAUUUGGUGUGAAAAUUGUAAAGAUAGGGAAAUCACUAAUAUUGGAACAUAUGUAAUACCAAAAUCAACAAACCAAAAUAUGACGAAUAGUGAAAAGUCGGGAAAUGAGGGAAUAUUUCUGGAUAGUAUUCGUUGCAGCAGUGGCAAAGUUCAUGAACUAUCAUGCGUUGGAACUGCUGAUCACUCAGGUUCAAAAGGAGAACAAAACAAGAAAGACCAAAUGGAUAAUUCAGAAAACAAGAGUGAAAAAAGAAGAAAACCCGUGACUACUUCAAAAGAUAAACCUCGCCAACUUACUAAAAAUAUUUUAUCAGAAACUACAAAAAAACAAUUGCAAAAUUUGCAAAAUAUAUCAAACGAUACAGAAGAUAUGUCAGCUGAGAAAAAGAAAAAGAAAACUAAAAAACAUAAAAAGGAAAGGAAAGAGUUAAUUAGUGCGGAACAAAAUGUGAAAUUUGCUGAAAUACUGAGAAAGCGACUUGAAAGCGAAUUGGCUAGACGAAAUGACAAUCAUGUUGUUGAUAAUUACACAACUGUUUGUAAGGAUGAAAACAUCGAGGUUAAAGGCAAAUUGGUAAUAGAUAUGAAAAACGAUUUAUCUAAACACAAAACAUCAAAAGAUGUAAAGACUGAUAAAGUAACGAUAACGAACACAAUGAAGACAUACCAUAGCAGCGAACGUUAUACAAAUAAGGAUAAUGAGAGUAAGCAGAUGCCUAAAUCGGCAAAUCAAAUGCAUCUUAAAGAUAGAAUCACACCUCGUAGUGAAACUGAGCCGAAAUCCGCAAACAAAAUGCAUCUUAAAGAUAGAAACACACCUCGUAGUGAAACUGAGCCGAAAUCCGCAAACAAAAUGCAUCUUAAAGAUAGAAACACACCUUGUAGUGAAACUGAGCCGAAAGUCGCAAACAAAAUGCAUGUUAAAGAUAGAAACACACAUCGUAGUGAAAAUGAGCCUGAAUCCGCAAACAAAAUGCAUGUUAAAGAUAGAAACACACAUCGUAAUGAAACUGAGCCGAAAUCCGCAAACAAAAUGCGUGUUAAAGAUAGAAACACACAUCGUAGUGAAACUGAGCCGAAAUCCGCAAAUAAAAUGCAUGUUAAAGAUAGAAACACACAUCGUAGUGAAAAUGAGCCUGAAUCCGCAAACAAAAUGCAUGUUAAAGAUAGUAACACACAUCGUAGUGAAAAUGAAAAGCAGUCAAAAAGUAAAGCCAAAUACACUUCCGAAGAGACACUGGUCAAAGAUAUUUAUAAACAACCAAGGAAACCAACACGUAUAAAAUCGAACAAAUAUUUUAAAUUAAGAUACGAUUCUGAUCAUGACGAAAAUGAGGGUAGGCCAAGAAAAUCCUCUCAAUACAAUCCUUUUCCUGUUAAUGAAAUGAUAAACGGAAAAUUUUAUCGAGCAAAUUCUACAAAAACGUCCCAUUCUACCUUAGAACAAAGACACGUGUAUAGGUCAGUGUCUAAUGCAUCUGUUUUCUCAAGCUCAAUAGAGGUAACUGAAGAGUCUCCAGCAAAUUUGUAUUCUUCAUAUCAGAAUAUUCUCUUUCACUCAAACACAAAAGAUGAAUUGUAUCGGCAAAUGGGAAAGAAACACCAGUUUUCUCAUGUUCAUGAUCGAGGCGACAAAAUCGAAGGGGUUCAAAAUGAACCAAAAGUAAAUGCUAACAAAACUCGCUUGAGUCAUACCACUAGUAAAGACAAUAUGACAAAAACGAACGCGAAUAUUAGAAACCCCACUGACAAAAAUAGCAGAGAUAAUAAUUCACGAGCGCCUAAGCCAAGAUACAACGCCUGGACUAUAGAAUCAACAAACGAACAAGUAGCAAAUGUAGAUGCAAGGAACAAUACAUUCAGAGAAAAAGUUAUCAAAGCAGCACGUCGUCCUCAAAAUCGUUGCUUUUAUUCAGAGGAUGACGAUAAAGACUUAAUUUUAAUAAUGGUACAAGAUGAAAUUCAAAAACAGUACCAAAGAAUAAAAGAAGUUCGUAUCAAGAAUGAAUUAAACCAAAACGACAGACAACAAGAACAAAACGAAUCAGACAAUAGAAAUAAAAAGAACAUGAAAAGGGAUUCCAAGGACCCAUUUUGGGACCGUAGUAAAAAUUGUAGUGCCUAUAAAGAUGAUACAGAUGUUUAUUCAUUCAGCAGAGAAAGUGACGAAUUGCAAAGGUUAAAAGUUGAUACUGCGAAAACGGACAAAAAGGCAAAGAAGAGCAAGUUCAUUAACGAGACAUUAAAUAGAGUUUCCAGUAAAAAGACCGAAGAUUCAACAGAGGAUUUGAAUGAUGAAAACAAAGACGUGUCUACUCCUAUGGUGCAUGAGUCCAAGAAAGAAGAAGACAAACUUGAGGAAAAGAAAGAUAUGUUACAGUCCAUUGUUGAUAUACACGAUAUUGGUGUUAAUGUUGCGCCUCCACAUCACGCACAACAAAAGGUGGAAAAACAUUUCAGAGUACCGUCAAAGAAAGAUUGCAACAAAGUGGUAAGGGUGGGUGGUGGAUGGAGUAAUAUUAAUGACUACUACAAAAGACAUGUGCCAGUUACAAGGAGAGAAUAUAACAGGUCAAGCAACUAUAAAGGACGAUCAUACCUAAGUUUCCAGUCACAUUACAAAUGUCCUCCAAAACUCAAGCAUCAUUCAAAAGUUACUAAUUCUACCAGUAGAAAAGUUACAUUAAAUUAAAAUUCCAUGAUCGUGUUGACAGAAGACAAAUAGAAAAAACAGUGCUAGUAUUUAAAAUAAUAAAUGUAUUUGAUUUUUUUUAAUUUUUAAAUAAUUAUGUCUUCAAGCUAAGCAGACCAAUAAGACGUGUUUCCUAGUGACAGGCGAAAUUCAGGUUUAGUUGUUUUUUUCUCUCAUUUUCAAUUUGAGUAUUAUUAAAUACUCUUUUUAGUAAUGUUCAACGCAAAACAUGAAGACAGUAGAAACGGAAGAAUAUCUAAAAUUGGGUAGAUUUUUAUUAAUAGACAGACGUGUGCAAGUCUGUAUCUUAUUGGGUAUUCAAAGGCACAAGAUCUAUCUCCCCUCACACACUAAAGAAGUGCUAGUUAAAUUGAAGGAUAUUUGGUUAACCACGUAUAUAGCUCACGUCCUUUGGCAAAUACUUCAUUCAUAUUCAGGAAAAGAACAAUUUUACACUGAAUGUACGAGUAAUAAAAUAUGUAGGCUGUGCAGUCAAAAAUAUAUGGCAAGAAAAGUAAGAAUGCAACUUGAAAAUACGUGCACUUAUUAUUGUGAUCUUGUCAUUUUAGACUUAAAAGUGAUUUUUAUUAUAACGAUUCUGAGACAAAUCCUGUUUAAUUCACCACAUAAAUCCGGAGGUUGGAGCCUGCAUUUUUUGUUUGAUACUGUAUCUCAUCAUAUUGGCUUGGCGUUUAUUGUUUUGUACAUAAAUCAUGCCGUUAGU